AUGCCUCCUCGACUAUCAGUGCUAAGGACCUACCUCCUCCUUGGUAAGUCUUGCUACCUACAUAUCUGCAACUUUCGAUCUGCCUAAUCGUCAGGGCGGCUGUCGACUGAGUGGAAGCUCAGAGUUAGAGUCGUUCUAUUGAAUCCACUUAUAUUUCUGGUUGCUUUAUCAGCCAUGGUCAUCCAGCACGAUUUGAUAUUCUAGUACAUCUUUCUGUUUCGGGAUUGCUCAAUCAUUCUUACCUGAUCAAAAUCUUUAUUUUUUGGCUCUGCUGCAUGUUAUCUGUCAAAUUACUGAUUUGAAUCUACGUGGGAGGACUCCGUUCUCUUCUGUACGAUGCGUACAACAUCUCGUUUAAUUUGAACCCAGAGAGUUUCAAAAACCACGCCUUGUCCUACUCUUAUCGAAAUUACUGGACGACGAGGGCCCUUUUGAGCGGUCUCCAGUUUCGACUUUGUACCCUGCGGGGACGUGAUCAUCACGAGGACAACUGCUAAUUCCCAUUGAAGUCAAACGGAAGCACUCUCUGUCGUUCUGACUGCGGACCCGAGCUUCAGACUCCGAGCCCUUAUGGCUGAGCACUUUUGAAAUCAAAUAAUUUGGUCUGAAUUAAGACAUUUUUUAAUGGCCAACAGAAAGCCUAGUUUUGGGUCUGUUUAUCAGGCAAGUAAGUAGAUGGGGAGAAUUACUUGCAGUUCCUUCCUUGUCACCUGUAGCCUCAAGGACAAAAUGGUCGCUCUGGUUCACGCACAAUGAAAUGGGAGGUUCUUAGCUGAACGACCAUUCAGUGGAAAGUCUUCUAUUAGGGGUCUUACAAGCACUCAUAGCCCUUGGUGACAUUGAGACCUCGUUCCCCCAUGCCCUUCACUGCCUACUUUUGUUCUGAACACGAACUGCUUCCACCAAAAGUUUGCUCUGGUCGAUACUUCGCGACCGGUAGUUUUUUGUCAUUGUCUGCAUUCUAUGAUUGUAAUGACAAAUUCUCCUCCACAUUUCCAAGACUAAGUAGAAGUGAGCCAAGUUAGCUGUCAUCGAAGUCCUUACCUUUCGGAUUUGAUUAAAAUCGCUUCUAGUUUCGGGUGCAAUAAUUGCAUGCUAAGUGGCAGACUAUGCUUCAAUCGACCUGUCUACUAUGAACACUCUUAGAAUGCACUACUUUGGGAGCGUGAAAAUGUUGUAGUCAGGUCACCGAGUUUUCCUUUCAGCACUAGCUAUGAACAGCCAAGCAAUCGACAACUGCACCCUUUUCGGGGAAAUCGCGCAAACAGGUCAACACUAAUAAAGUUUUUAAGAAAAGUUCGGUCUUUAAAAUGUGGACAGUGUGGCAGUCGAGGGGGUCGCCGGAUAUACAACGAAACUUUGCCUCUUGCUUGGCACUUCCAGGGAGGGACCUCCAAAGGAAAGAAAUCUAGAGGGCCUAAUCUUGAUUGGUUCGUUGUCCUCAGCUAACUCUAUCCUAGCCGCAGCCGUGGAAAGACCGAAAUUUGAAUAUGAAGCAGGACUAGACUCAAUCUUCUUCGUUUGGCCUCCUAGGCCACAGAAGACCCGAAGAGCGCGAUAGAUGUCAAAAACAGACGAGACUUACCAGAGCCAGAGGCGAGUAAUCAGACGGGAACUGGGCUACACCGUCGAAGACACAAGGAACUGAGAUUAAAGUUGUUUUCAGGACUUAUUCAUGCGCCUAACAGUCUACCAUAUCUCUACAAUCCACCCUGACAGACUUUGGCAGACAGCGAGGCAUUGAGUAACUUCUGUUGCUGCGAUACCGAUGACCCCCUAGCUAAAGUUCGUUUGUAGAACAUCUGCACAAGGUGAACGCACCUUUUUGUGUUUCGGUUCGUAGAUGUUGGUCAGUGGUGCGCUUACUUGAAAAGGGAGUGGACAGGUCGAAACCAGCUGUCGUCUUAGUCGCCCUGCCUUCUUGUCUGUUUACUUUAGUUUUUAAAUACCAGAAUGGUCAUACCGAAAAAGACAAGGGAGACUGGAACGGCCAUUUCUAGCUUAUUGGCCGUCGUCAGCCAGUCAUACCCAACCCCGAAGUGUGGAACACCUGGGGCUCAAUCCCGCAACCUGUUAGUUAGAAGUCCACGCCUCUAACCACUGGGCCACGAGUCUUUUGCCCUGUCGGUUGCAAUCGGGUAUAUUCAAUGGUAGAGGGAUUUACACCGAUCGUUUUUACGGAACUCACUCGUCCCGUUCUGCCUUAGGGCUCUCUCUCUCGAGCCCAACUAAUAGCCGCAUAGGGGCGCAUGACAUAGGAAGAAUGGUAUUACCGACUUCGGCUUUAAAAUACCAGUCUGACGCUCCAAACAAGAUAGACGGAGCUGUGGAAGCUAAAAGACUAGAUCGAGGAACGUGUCGUUUGUAGCCUGGACUAGGACCUCUGCGGAAAAUUGCCUUGUGAGGGUUGGAGAUAUGGCUCACAAACGAGGAGGGGACGAAGCUUCAUGCCAGAGCGUGAUAAGCCAUACCAUUGUCCCUAUUUUAAGUGGCUACCUGCACACAGUAAACCGCUGUAGAAAGUUUAUAGCAUGAGCAAUUAUGAAAAUAUUUCCUCAGUGGUAAUUUGCGGUUAGCACUUAAGAGAGAGAGAGCGCGCGCGCGAGAGGAGCGGGGUUGGAAAAGCUCCCCUAUAGACGUCGUCUGACGAGGGAGCCGGGGUAUAAGCCUGGGCCGAACCAAAAAAACCUUAGGUGUUACUGAAUUAAUCACUGUGUGGCAGCUGACAUCGGCGAAAUGAGUAAACUGUUUACCGCCAGGAUUCUGUCUUCACGAAGUGUUGCUUGUCAGGAGUUGGGGUCGAACACAAGAAUAUGGACCCCCUCCAUUACUGCAGGUGGCCUGGAGCAGAAUUACAGAGGUUCCUAUUCCCGUGUCCUGGCUUUAAUCCAAACCCUAGGACUUACCCUGACUCUUACCCUAACCCUCCUGUCAACAACCGUAACACUAACCUUCCCCUGGAAUCAAGAGCCAGGUCACCUUUAAUGUGGGGGCUUCAUAGUCUCGUACCCAACCGAAGUUGGAUAUCAGCGUACGCGGAACCGCCCAACUUGGAAACUUCCACUUGUCUGACAUCCCGUUAAGCAUCUCUGGCCACCAACUGGGCCCUACAUUAUUAUUUAUCAGAAGAGUGCAAUCUUUAAAUUAACUCCCCCAAUGAGAUCAAAACUGAGGGUUUCACCUCCAUCAACAAUGAGAUUAGAGACGUUUCAGGAAAUAUUGUGUUUCAGAGGGGCUAUACUGACAACAACAAUGACUCGCUGUUUUUUCCCUCAGUCUGUUUAAAGUAGCCAGGAAUGCUAAAUGUCAUGUUCUGGAAGGCGGUAAACUGGCGCUAUAAUUCCAUCUUCCUACAAACUGCGAUUUAGGCUAAGAUAGCUCCCCUUUAAUGUGAUCUGUAGGGCAGUUUUUCUUUUCUGGGAGACGUUCUAGACCCCUCUUCAGGUGGGGCCCGACGAGAUAUGGCUUCAGCCACUGCACCCACGUUCAAUUCCACCCCCCUCUUGGCGUUGUUCUGCCACUGGAAGGGGACCGGAAUGGCAAGUGGAAGUGCUAUAAAAGUCUCCCUUGCAAUAAAUAAGUUCACGCACCACCCACGACUACGCUACCAGGACGGCCCUGUCACAUGCUGUCCCCCAAUAAAGACAGUAGAAACAAAUAUGUCCGCGCAACUUCAGUGGUGAUCAAACAUUUGAGCGGCAUCUUGAAGUCAAGCUCCCACACUCCCAUUCCCCGUCGGAUUUUUUGACCACUAGAAUACUGUGGCAGUUCGCAACUCAACAAUGGUCGGCCCGCGUACUGGACUCAAUUGAUUUACGCUGUCGUUUUUUUGCUUCAGCGAGCCAGAAAUCUGUGUUUGGAGUCAAGAUGCAUGCAGCAGUGGUCUAACGCUGAGAGUACUGAAAUCUGUAAAUAUCCGGUCCGAAAAUUCAGUAUUAGCGCAGGUUUUCCGGAAAACCUACAACCAACUGAGCGACUUUUAGCUAAGUGCGUAAAAAGUGAUGUUUUUCGUGGAUUAGGCUGCCAUGUCGUGUUGCUGUUCUCCUUAUUUCGUUUCUGCUUUUAAAAGUUGCUGCUAAAAAAAACCUGUUUUGUGUGAAUUUCACCCGGAAAGGGGACAAAUUGCACUGAGUCUAACAAGCAUGCAACGACAAGCUUUAAAGUUAUAGAGGAAGCUACGUAACGCGGCGACAGUCCUUCGGUAGCCAUAACCGCCUCUACAUAAACUUCCGAAGUUCCACCGAAUGGCAAAAUGCUGUUAUUUUGGCUGUUUUGUUUGUAACCGUUCUAACUGGAGAAAUUCAAGAUGAGAUAAUGAUCAACUGCAAGCAGCGACACCAAAACGCGAUGCCCUUUUAUCCGUCCUCCCUAGAGCUGCCUGAACCUACAGUGCAUGCCCAGUAUUCGAGUGGGCGCCAAUUGGUAUGUGACAUGAAAUGCGCCUGUUUGCGUAAAAUACCACCCUUUGCCACCAGUUACCUUCCCUGUGCGCGCGACAGCAUGUAAAAAAUGCCUUUCAUGUGGUUUCCUAGCGUCCGCACAGCCCCCCCCCCCGGGCACCCACACACAUCAUACAUUAUCCCUCUACCCAUGUGUCGACACCAGGUGCGCAACCAUAGGCAGGGGAGAUAGGGCUAGAAACUCGAGACCGAACCGCGAGUCUGUCAAAGGGGUCAUACUAUGCAUGCAGCCAGCUCGAUUUACCUACCCAUAGCGUGCUUUCUAGCCGACGGUGCUCAUUCGAACCGCCUAAAGACCUCACAGCGCGGGUGCGUCGUGUCUCUUAAGCAUUACUCGCCAUGGCAACGCAAUGGCACAGGCGCUAGUUUUAGCACCGUUUCUUUCCUACUGGCCUCUUCAGUGGUUAUGCAGUUGGCUUGACUGACUACUCGCGUGAUGUCGUCUCGGUUUUGUUUUUGGUCGGAAAAGGUAGAGUACGUGCUUAGUUUGCUUCGAUCCGGCCAACACAGAUGUUGGGUACUAAUCAGGUCUGUGGCACACAACUACCUGGACGAGUUGAAAUUAUGUGACGUGGAAAUUGAGGUCCCUCGUGAGCACUUCAAUUAAUGAAACUGUCGUUUUCUGAAUGAAAGUCUCGAACGGAGCCGUGUGACGUUUUUGUCCUAUGUGACGCCAGUAGACCAUUUUGCUGUUAUAUCGCAGUCUGCGUGCCUACCAAGCACCGUCUUAGGCAAUAUAAAAAUAUACGGUUAAAGUGCGGGUAGAAUCCUCAAAACCAGCAAGACUCUCAGCAGUUUCCAAUAUUCACUCUGAAACCGCAACGACACCCUCAUUAAAACAAAACUUGGACUGUUCUGGACUGUUUACCUGACAACGCUUCUAUGCGACGAAUCGACUACGUCGUGAAGACUCCUGCUGAGCAUUUGUUCAAGCGAUUCUCUUACUGUGAUGUUUCCAUUGUCACAAGAUGGACAAAAAAGAGCUGGGUGUCUGCAAAACAACGUCGUUAAUACAGUUAGCCACCCCGAAUCUCUUGUGGCCUGACUGGAUAGGGAUUGCCAGGAGUUCCAGCCGACCGCCGUUUAAUUCGUCUUGUCUACCUACACUGUACCUACACUUAAUGACGUCAAACGGGCCAAUUUAAUCACAUGCACUUGCAUUUGUGCAUGCUGAGCCUCCCCCCCCCCCACCACUGAAAUCUGGUGCAUGCGGAGGAAAUAGUCAGUUCGUGUGUGGUACGCGCAGAGGACCUGCCUACCUAUGCCCACGUCCAUAUCCAGUCUUGAUGACUUGUUCCUGUCAUUGGAGCGCGGUGGGGAGAGGGAGGGAGCGGGGCGGGGCGGAAUUAAUGUCGCACACGUUUAACUUAAACAAACUCUUACACAAGCCACCAUUGUAUCCACUCCAAGACAACGGUUUUCCUCAUCGCUGGCAACGGGUGCACUUAAUACACACCGUCAGCAGCUCACUGUGGCUUGCAAGUAUACAAAAGUAGUCUUUUCAAAUGCCAUUCCAACCGAGAAUAACUUUAAGUUAUUGUUAAACGCUAUGCGACAGUCUGUGCAUCCCGAACCUAAACAUAGCUGACGUUCUACGACCUGCAAUCAGGCGAGAUCUAGGUCCCCUAUUUUCGUGUAACUGCACAUCCUCAUUCCCAACUGAUAGAGUGAACAUUACUAAGGGUUUUUAGGGGCGUCACCCCCCCCCCCCCAGAGGGUAACUGUCCUCAACAUGUUAUUCUAAACGGCAUUUUUAAACAGUGUCGGCCUACUAUUGCAAGCAUUACCAGUUUUCAGGCGGCUUCAUGGUUGGACAAGGGCUAGAUCGCAAUUGAUAGCCAGGCCCCGUAUUACAGGUGGCUGGGGGGUUUGUUUGCAGGGGCUAUUUUGUGAGGCCCCAUAAUCACAUCUGACCCAUUUGGCUUCCGAGUUACGUCUGAGGUUAGGAUUAGGGUACCGGUUAAUGGUUUCCGAUUCUCGGGUUAGGGUUAUUCCCUUAGGCUUAGGUUUUCGGGUUACGGUUAGGGUUUGAGCGUGCGACUAGGUUUCAGUAUUACGGUUAGGUUUUCCAGUUACGGCUUUGUCUAAGGCCUACGGUUACGUUUACGAUUUCGGUUAGGGUUAGGGUUGCUGUUAAGGUUAACGGUUAACGUUUAAGGUUGAGGUUAGGGUUAGAGUUAAGGUUAAGAUAGGAGUUAAGUUCGCCGUCCGCUUCUCCAUUCCUGGCUACCAACUGCGAUCUAGCCUGGACAAGUUGCAAGAACACUAGAUGCCCCGUGGUGGUGCAUAUGCCCAGUUUUUGUUAUCACCUGGUUCCGUUUGAAUUUUGACUAGCAAAUGAAACCAAAAUUCCCUUGACUGAACUAAAGGAAUGUUGAAGUUAGGUGGACUCACAGGGCUCUAUCGUCCUCCGUCGAUUCAUUCCCCGUUGCCUAGGUCUCACUCCCUCCUGUUUGCUUUUUUAGGCCUCAUUGCCGCUCACUGGCUCUCGCCUGAAUGUCAAGGUCAUGACCUCAGUUGGCUUGAUCGACCAUCCGGGCGUCACCUGACUACUGGCAAUCGCGUCCUCCUCCGCCUCCGUCGUGAGGCGCCAAGCAUGCGCAGCAAACAAGAUGGCUUCCUGAUCGUGAUCACCUGCAGCACAACGGUGGCAAACUCCAGCUCCAGUAUUUUCCUCGAUUGUCCCGUUCGCAGUGGUCCGCAAAGGCGCGAGGGAAAGGACUCGGCCGCUUUGUCGUACUGUUAUGAAAACUGUGCACCCAUUACCCCCUGCCAAAAAGACACCGACGAGGCCUGCGUACCAGACGGACGCAGCAUCAAUUGCACCGAAAAAUUUCACGCAGAUGGGACUAAAUCCACGAUCUACCAUAUUGACAAAAGAGACCCCCGGGUUCCUGGCACGUGGCAGUGCAUACACAGAUCUGAAAAAAGUGGGAGUGUUGAGGCAAGUCGUUGGUUCUCCUCUCAUUUUUGCGUUACUAAGAUUGACUGAUGUCUACGGACUUCAAGUAGCGGUCGCUUGUCUAUUACAGUAGAUGUGCUAACUCAUGAAAUGUCAACCAAAAUUUCGAAAUGCGUCCCCCUUUCGAAAAGAUAAAUUAAGUAGCGUUGUAAAACUAAUCAUGAUGCAGCAUAAAUCUAUAAUGAUCCAGUUAGCUCAGGGUGUCGGCUUCCGAAAGAACUUAUUUUCCGCUGCAUGCAAGAUCUAUACUCUGCAAAAAAUGACUACUUAAGUUGCAUGCAAUUUUCUAAUUGAUUUUCGAUGCCCUUGAAAAUUCAAUUAUAUUUCAUGGAAGACAUGCAUAAAAUUAUUCAUUCUUUUACUUAUUCGGUAGCAAAUCACGUCUUCUUUCAAUUUCAUACUCAAAAGAAGAGUAUAAUUCGGUUGUAAAAAGUUCCUAAUUGUGAGAUUUUUUAAUUCCGUUAAAUGGCCGUUCAUGUAGCGGCGUGUAUCUGCAUUUACGAAUGUGGCUUGUAAAGGUAACAAUAUUGCUCAAAUCCACUGCUUAAUUUUAUGAACCUCAUAUGGUCUCCUCUUAACACCGUAGAGAAAUGCAUGCAAUAUUGUUAACUUUACAAGCCACAUUCGUAAAUGCAGAUACAUGACGUUUCAUGAACGGCCAUUUAAUGGUAUUAAAAAAUCUCACAAUUAGAAACUUUUUUUAAAACCGAAUUAUACUCUUCUUUUGAGUAUGAAAUUGAAAGAAGACGUGAUUUUCGACCGAAUAAGUAAAAGAAUGAAUAUUUUUAUGCAUGUUUUCUAUGAAAUAUAAUUGAAUUUUCAAGGGCAUCAAAAAUCAAUGAGAAAAUUGCAUACUAAUUAAGUGGUCAUUUUUUUCAGAGUAUAGAUCUUGCAUGCAGCAGAAAAUAAGUUCUUUCGAAAGCCGACACCCUGAGAUAACUGGAUCAUUAUAGAUUUAUGCUGCAUGAUGAUUAGUUUUACAACACCACUUAAUUUAUCUUUUCGAAAGGGGGACGCAUUUCGAAAUUUUGGUUGACAUUUCAUGAGUUAGCACAUCUACUGUAGUUGGCACAAGUAUUCGCCACAAAUUUCUUCCAAAUCUGGCAAAAUUGAUCCUAGUUAUUGAUCGUCACUGACGAUGAAAAUAAUAAUAAUAAGCUGACGCUUAUCUCCUAGUCCUGGGUUUGGGGUGUGUUAGGCCUCCCAGAGGAUAUUUAGAGUACGCAGCGUGUGCUUCCUCAUUUCCAAGAAUUUCUUCGUAAGCCUUUAUAUGGAGGGUAAAAGGGGACCCCCUAGUCUUCAUGAACAAAUAAUUUUAUCGCGUAGAUGAAAAAAACGUGCGGCCGAAAAACAAAGUCAACAGCGAACUUUUAGUUGGCCACUUCUGCAGUAUCAGAGUUCGAAAUAUCCUCUAAGCCAGGAAGUCUCUAAAUAAAGUUUGGUUUCAUGAUGUCUGGUCGCACGGUAUCAUAUGUAGCACGCGCAAGGACAAAGUUCAAACCGCACACCAGAGAAUUCAAAAGGUCCCUGGGGGAACGGAGUUUAAAUGACGGAGUGAAGCCUCAGCGAAAACCUUUUUACAAAAAGCUAAGAUAAGAACUAGAAAAGUUGUGACUCGGAGAAGAAAAUAAGUUAUAUUCACGUCCCGGCCGUCAAAAUGAGCUGAUUACUCUUCACCAGCCUAGUUAAUUUAGUGAUGCCUAACACGUCGGUGGCGGAAUAUCGUCUCAUGCAUCUUUUUAUUGGUAAUUUAAACCGCGAUUAGUGGUUGGGCUGACGAUAGUUCUCGUAAAUUUGCCCAAAAAUAGUAAAGGGGACAGCAUGAUCUCCCAAGGUGUCUGUGCUAGUAAAAAUCAACUACGUAAUUUGAAGGUUUUGUGCAUCCCAAGUGGGCCUGUUUGAUGUUAUUCUUGCUGCUUACACCAUGCUGUAUGAUUCAUUAUACUGAUAGCACAAGUAUUAGUUAGAAGUCCGGACAGGUGUUUUCACGAUUCCAUGCUGUUUCAUUACGUAACUAUGAGGAGUUCGGCUUAUCGGUGGGUCCCCAUGGCGUGCCCCGUAUGUUUUCUCGCAUACACUCCGGUUUGUCAAAGUUCCCUCAGAAUGUACUGAGCUAACUUGUAGCAAAUGCCUCAGACAAAUCGCUUAAAGCCUGCUCCGAAAGUUGAUAUGCAUACUUGAGCUGAAAUAUAUGAGCUUCAGCAGCUUGUGAAUAUUACAUGAUUGCCCCACUGGAGCUGAUAGAUUUUAGGAAAAGCAUCCGUAUCAAAUUUCGGAGCGAGCCUUAAAAUAUUUGACUUGAGGGAUUUGCUUCAAGUUGGCGUAUUAAUUUAUGUGGACAUUAAAGAGCUGUUGCUCCUCCCUGCCUGUUGUGCGAAAUACUUUCCAUAAAAUGUCCACUCGUUCGAUUAAGGAGAACAAUCUGUUCGACGAACUUAUGGAAACUUGAGUUAAAUCGACCGCCCCUCAACGGAGCUUACGGGUUUUUUUAUGAAGGACAGAGACUUUGGGGACAAGUCAUCAGGAUUUAAAACUCUUAAUUCUCGCUCAUCAUAUUAACGGUCGGUGAGCGGUAUGAGAAAGUGCCAAGUGCAAGGUUCGCAUGUUUGCAAAACAGGGUGCAGUGAGAUGUACUUGCCGUCAGUUCCCUUAUAAAUUGAUCACGUUUUAUGUCAAGUCACGCGUUGGGUGUAGGGCUAGCCGUAGGGCGAGGAUAAGGCCUAGGUUUUGGGCUAGCGUCAGGUAUUAUAUUUAGGCUCUGAAUAAGGCUUAAUUCAGGAUUAAGGAUGGGCCAAGAUAUCGAUUUGUGAUUUCGUUUGUUCCCGAGAUUGGAGACCUGGGUGGGAAUUCCUAGGUGGGUGAUGACAGUCUUAUCUAAAACGAAGCCUGAAAGUGUCUGUAGAUAUUAUGAAGGCAUUGAACGGCCUGCAGUUGGAAAUAACUUCCAUCAAACACAUCGUCUUCGAUGCCCCUGUAUUUCUUUGCUAUCUUUGUGGUUAGAGGGGAGGAGGGGGGAAGGAAGAACAAAUUCCUCCCUCGAUGUUUGAACCUUACCCACAUCUUUAACGAAAGAUCCUCACUUAUUCGCAGCAAAGGACAGCAUGCAAUGUCAACAAAGUGCUAGAGGCUGGAGUACAAAGAGUUGCAGUUUAAUACUCCUAAAGGAAAACAGUCUGAGCUUUCAAAACAUUCCUGUACAGCUUCUCAAUUUAUUGUUUUUUUGCCAAGAAAUUGCAUGCCUUUCUAAAUUAGUAUGUGGCGAUCGGACUUCUACGUAUCCGGUUUUGAAUCAAUAUGGCAUAGGAGGCGGGACAACACAAAGGAUUUGUGCGACACAGAGGUAUGACGACAGGAGAGGUUUUCGAGUUUUGGCCAGUCAAGCAGAGGUUUUACGAGCAGUGGCCAUGUCAAAACGGCGGAUGUAAUUCCAAUGAAGUGUCGGUGUGAAGUCGUCGGUGUGACAUCGGGAUAACUACCUUUCGUAUUACAGGUGACCUUGGAUAAAUUCCAGAGGGUGUGGGGGUUAGGGCUAGGGUUAGGAGGGCCAGGACGGAUAAGUGUCAAAUUUGGGACACGGUACGAGGUGGUACCCUGUAGGCUAGCACGAGGCCACCUGUAGAACUGGUGUCCAGUCAGCUCCUCUGACUAGAAGUAUUAUUAAGCAUAUAUAUAGUGGUAGGGGGCGCUCACCGAUCGAUCGGUGAUCGAAAACCGACAAGGCAACGGGCUCGUGGCCCGGUGGGUAGAGACGUGGACUUCUAAACCAACAGGUCGCGAGUUCGAGGCUCGGGUGUUCUACACUUCGGGCUUGGGUAUGGCUGGCUGACGACGGCUAAUAAGCCAGAAAUGGCCAUUCCAGUCUCCCUUGUCUUUGUCGGUAAUAGCAUUCUGCCUAUAUAUAUAUAUAUGGGCGGAUGCAGCACCGGACUUUCAUCGUCUCUAUUCAGGUCUCUCUAGUAUACAGGUGAAUCAGGCAUGCAUUGGCUAACUUCAACUCGAUCCAUCUGCUUGAGAUGAUAAGCAGGCCUCCACAUAGGAGUUGGCACACAACAGUCCGUCCGGCUUUCGGCUCAGUCACACUCUAAAUCCCAAGUUAAGUAUCUGGAUCGACUACUGAAUCAAAAAGAGGGCGAACGAAUAUAAAAUAAGGAGGGACUGUAAAAGACGGGGGCGAGGCCUCAUCUGUGGAGCGUUGGCGCAGAACGUCCACGCAUGUUUGCAUUGUCGGUUGCAGGUGAUUUUUGGGGCAUGGAUAUUUAAGGAACACAUAAACGAACCUACAACGCCAGUUUGUGCAGCCUCUGGUUUCUGCUGGUUUGCCUCAGGCACUUUACUGCUCUUGGGUCAUUUAUUUUCUUCUUUCUUGCCCUUCUCUCCAAAUUUAUUGUGCUCUUUCUAUCCAUCUAAAACAUUUCAUACUGCAAUUAUUGUUUGAAAAGCGGGAUGUUCAAGGACUUUCUCUACUAUCCGACAAACAGUAUGGGUUAGAACACGAAAAUAGGGACGCCCCGGUAACGCAGAUGGCUUUGCGUCAAAUUCCAGGGAGAUAAGGAAUAGGGUUGUCGCUAAGGUUUUGACACGGGAAUAGGUACCCUUUCUGGAAUUUAACGUAGGGUUACAUUUAUUACCAGUGAGCUCCUUUUUCAAUGUCUUACUCAGCGUGGCUGGCAGUAGAGUCGGCUUUGUGGAUCUGUGCCCAGAAAAACCCGAAGUCAUAUGCUAAAGCCCCAGAUAGAGAGAUUGGCUUGACUGUUGAGAUCAUACACCACCUGAGCUCGAAAUCUCAGAGUAGUGUGGACAAUCAGAGGUAAGGCCCACUUAAGUGUGCGCCGGAGAUUAGAGGACACAGGUACCGACACUGCUGAAACUAGAGACGUUAUACCGCUAGCUUUUAAGUGGGCCUUAUUAUAAGCUCCUGAUAUACCUUCCUGGAUUCACCCAAACUCCUCAUUGGCUCCAGUAUGCAAUCGGCCCUGCCUCUACUUUAACUUGGUGAGCAAGUGCUGCCAGUGAAAAAGAACUAAAUUUCAGAUGCGCGCGAACAGCAGCAGGAAAGAAGAUUCGAUCUCUUUAGAAAUGUAAAAUUCGAGGGAUUGUACCGAGGAGCAGGACUGCGAAGUCAUCGUCAGACAAAUUGACAGGUACCACCGAUCAACAUUCGAUGACCGACCACUUGCAUCUGGUGAGCUGGGCCAGUAAUCCAAUAGACACGGACUUCCGCGAGAAGCAGUCGGUGCCCAGCGAACACAACCGGCCCCCUCCCUGCAUGCCCGUGAAGCUACAGCUCAUGGGCCUCUUUAUCACGUUCUUUCUCUCCCCUUUGUUCCUGUGUCCGAUGCCGGGUUUGAGUUAGAAAUCAAAGCUAAGGUAAAUAAAGUUCAUCUCACAACGAUCGACUCGAAAUCUUCUCAGGAAACCGGGAACAUCCUUUAUCCCACCCACAUGUCGUCAUCCCGCCUCGUCCCUCUGUUUUCUGCCUAACCCCUAAGUUCACUUCCCUCGGCAUGGCCUCAACCACUAGGUGAGUCUGGCGUAUGAGCCGACCAACGUUGACGCCGAGGAGAAACCUCAGCCACCGCCACCGCCACCACCACCACCACCGCCGCUUCUGCCGACUAAUGGCUCGCCGGUGCCAUCAUCAGAGGUUGGACGACAAGAUCUCAGCCUGACCGUUCCCUCUUCCACUCCCACUCCACUGCACAGUGCCUUUAUAGGUGAGUUAGUAUGACCUAAAUCGUUAGUCAGAUUAUUAUCUUUGGCCUCCAUUAUGAUAAAUGCAAUUUUUCGAUCCCGUAGCCCACAGCAAGCCUGGUGCCAUUUCGGAAUCGAAUGACUAG